AUGGAGACUUCCACUUCGCAGGAGUCACCCGUCAUUUCACUGGCGAAAGCAACAUCACCAUUCGCUCGGCUGACGAAUGUUCUGGUCGGACCUGGAGAGGAGAGAUUUACGGUACACACAGACUUCCUGUGUCGUUUCCCGUUCUUCCGGAAUUGUAUGAGGGUUGGUAUGAAAGAAGCCCGUGAAAACACCAUACGAUUGCCAGAAGAUGAUCCGGCGGGCUUCUCGCAGCUACUUUACUGGCUCUACACCAAGCAAUUCGAGUACAACAUCAUCCAGGACGUGCACGAUUGCGACGUCGCUGAACACAACGAAAAGUUCCCCGAGCCGCUCCAGGGCAACUUUGCGGCUAUUCACAAAGCAUAUCUCAUGGCCAAGAAGUUCUGUGUUGAAGAGCUCCAGAAUUACGCAAUAGACUGUCUACGCAUCACGCUCGACAACUGCGCAUGGGGACCCGAAGAAUUGCAGCAAGCUUUCGACGAGCAAGACCCUCACGAUCCUCUCUAUAGAUUGGCGUGCCUGUCGAUAAGGCUGGAGUUCUUCUACAAGAACAGCGAGAGUUGGGAAACCAUGCAGAAGGAGUCCUUCUGGUCGCCCUUUGCUGCUAAGAGCAUGGAGAACAUGGAGCUCGUGCUCAGGUCUCUCAGUUUGCAUCAAGACAAAAUAGAACUCGCUCGCGACGAGGAUAUUUGCAAGAUCUGGCACACGCACACGGAGACUCCUGUAUGCGAGUAUGGAUGUCGGUCGCACAAGUUUCCCGACACAAUCGAAGCAGCUGAUGCUGCACAGGCUACGAAUCAGCAGCAAUCCACCGCCGGAGCCGGUCUGGGAACCGAGAAUGACAGCCAUUCUUCUGAUUCUGGCGAAAAUUCAGAAGCAAUCUACAUGCAUACACACCUCCUGCGCAAGUUCGAAUACUUCUCGACGAUGCUGGACGAUCGUGGAGAAGUCGCUGGGAACCAGAGCACCUUACGAUCGCCUGACUUUGAUGCCGAUGCUUUCGAUCAACUGCUGCACUACAUACUGCAGGGAGAAUUCUCUUUCCGGCUUCUCGAUGGUAUAGACCACACAGCGAAACACACUCCGCCCGACAAGUUCGCCCAGAGAUUUCGCACAAUGCUCAAGACUCAUCUCCUGGCUCGAAGACUCAGUGCGGAACGGCUUCAGAAUCUGACCAUCAACAUCAUCCGUUGGGCACUUCAGAAGGUCAAUAUUGGCGUCCAAGACUUGAUCUAUAUCCUCGAGAAUUGCGAGUCCGCACAUGAUCCACUUCGAAGGCUCGCUACUGCAUCCUUGCAAAUCAGCGCUCGGGAGAGCGGCACCUGGCCCGACUUCAUACAGACGGACGUUUUCAAGGAGUUUGCGAAUCUGAGCAAGGAAUACAUGAGCGUGCUGGCUUCCGCCCUGUUCCGCGAGGCUGCGGAUAAUGAUCUAAACGAGUGGAUAGGUCCGUGUUCGUUCCAUGUCCAUGAGAAGAAUUCGACAUGUGAAGGGCUCGAAGGCAGCAUAGUUGAUUCACAGGGAUGGCACUACGACAGAUACACAUGA